AUGAAAGAAAUAUUUUUUAAAGAAAAAGAAAAAUUUUUAAAAGAUGGAUAUAUAAUUUUAAAAGAUUUUUUUAAUGAAAAUGAAUUUGAACCAAUUAAAAAAGAAAUUGAAAAUGAAACCAAUUCAUUAAUUAAAAGAUUAUAUAAUAGUGGUUUAAUAAAGACAGAUUAUUCAUUAAAUAAUAAAUUAUCAGUUGAUAUGAAAUUAAUUGAAGCAGAAAAAGAAUAUAUAGGAACAUCAAUAUUAUUACAUACAGAAUUUGCAUCAAGAUUAAAGAAAUCAUUUGGUGAACAAUUAUUUAGUAACACAAAACUAUUAGAUUUAGUUGAAAUUUUAUUAGAUACCAAUGAAAUAUCAGGUCAUCCAGAAUGGAAUCUAAGAUCAAAAACACCAAAUAAUAAAUAUUUUAAUGUACCAUGGCAUCAGGAUGCGGCCUAUUUAGAAAUUGGGUCAGAAGAUUUCCAACAAAUUACAGUUUGGAUACCAUUAGUUAACAUAAAUGAAAUAAAUGGACCAUUACAAAUUAUACCUAAUUCAAAUAAUGAAAAAUUAUUAAAUCAUAAAUUACAAAAAACAUUAGAUUCAAAUUUCAAAGAUUCAUGGUAUUUAGAAAUUGAAGAAAAUGAAAUUGAAAAAUAUUUUAGUAAAGAUUAUAAAUCAAAAAUUAAAACAUGUUCACCAUUAUCACUUGGAUCAAUUGUAGUAUUUACAAAUAAAACUGUACAUUGUAGUUUACCAAAUUUAUCAAAUUCAGUUAGAUGGACAAUUGAUAUUAGAUUCUUAAAAUCAAAUGAUCCAACUGGUUUUAAUCCAAUUGAUCAAAAAGAUAUUGAAAAUAAAAUGAAAUUAAGAUCUAAAACUGAAAAUCAAAUAUCAAUUGAUUAUUCAAUUUGGUCACCACAAUCAACAUCAAUUUUAAUGUCAAAUAAUAAUGAUAAUAAUGAAAAUAAUAAUUUAAAAAAUUAUUCAAUAGAAGGACCAUGGUUUAAUAGAUGGAAAUAA